CAUUCUAUGCACAUUAAACUAAACGCGAACAAUACUGUACUCUGCGAUCUCUUUUCAUACAUUCAGUUUUCAAAUCCCAAAAAGAAGAAGAAGAAGAAGAAAUAAAGAGAAGACAAGAUAGAACGCUUUUCUUCUCUCUCUAUCUGCUUUUUCUUUCUAUUUUGUUUGGAGCAAAGACAAAAGCCCAGUUGUUGGAUUGAGAGGAGCUGCAAGAGACCAUGUUGAGAACCAGCAUUUUGCUGUGUGUAGCCCCAUUGUUGUGGGUUUGUUCUUCAGUUGAAGCUUCUGUUUCCUAUGAUGACAAGUCUCUCAUCAUCAAUGGCCAGAGAAGGAUUCUCAUUUCUGGUUCCAUUCACUACCCAAGGAGCACUCCUCAGAUGUGGCCUGAUCUUAUACAGAAGGCAAAAGAUGGAGGAUUGGAUGUUAUACAGACUUAUGUCUUUUGGAAUGGGCAUGAGCCUUCUCCUGGAGAGUAUAAUUUUGAGGGGAGAUAUGAUCUGGUUCGGUUCAUCAAACUGGUGCAACAAGCAGGCCUUUAUGUUCAUCUCCGGAUUGGCCCCUUUGUUUGUGCUGAAUGGAACUUUGGGGGAUUUCCUGUUUGGCUUAAAUAUGUUCAUGGCAUUUCUUUUAGAACAGAUAAUGAGCCAUUUAAGGCGGCAAUGCAAAAAUUCACAAAGAAGAUUGUCAACAUGAUGAAGUCAGAGAAAUUGUUUGAACCUCAGGGAGGUCCAAUUAUUAUGUGCCAGAUAGAAAAUGAAUACGAAUCUGUAGAAAGGCAGAUUGGUCCCCCUGGUAAGGCUUAUGUGAAAUGGGCAGCAGAAAUGGCAGUUGGUCUUGGCACUGGCGUGCCAUGGAUUAUGUGCAAACAAGAGGAUGCUCCUGAUUCUAUUAUUGACACUUGCAAUGGGUACUAUUGUGAAAGCUUCAAACCACAUAAUAGCCACAAACCCAAAAUGUGGACUGAGGCUUGGACUGGAUGGUAUACGGCAUUUGGAGGUCCAGUCCAUUAUAGACCUGCAGAAGACUUGGCAUUUUCAAUCGCAAGAUUUAUACAAGAUAAAGGCUCAUUUGUUAAUUAUUACAUGUACCAUGGAGGAACAAAUUUUGGCCGGACUUCUUCGGGUCUCUUCAUCACCACCAGCUAUGAUUAUGAUGCUCCAAUUGACGAAUAUGGAUUACCAAGGGACCCAAAAUGGGGACAUUUAAGAGAUCUGCAUAAAGCCAUCAAGCUAUCUGAACCAGCUUUAGUUUCUGCCUAUCCUAUGGCGACUUCACCCGGAAAUAACCUCGAGGUUCGUGUAUUUAAAUCAAAGACUGCCUGUGCUGCAUUCCUUGCAAACUAUGACACAAAAUCAUCGGCAACAAUAUCGCUCCAGAAUGUGCAAUACGAUCUGCCUCCUUGGUCCAUCAGCAUUCUCCCUGACUGCAAGAACGCAGCUUUCAACACUGCAAGGAUUAACUCACAGAGUUCGCAUACCAAAAUUGCACCUAUAAAUGGUGGAGUAUUCUCUAAUUGGCAGUCAUACAAGGAAGAAACUGUCUCUGUGGAUGAUUCAGACACACUUGAAAUGGAUGGGCUGUGGGAGCAGAUAAAUUUGACCCGAGAUGCCACAGAUUAUCUGUGGUACCUAACUGAUGUGAAUAUACAACCUGAUGAAGGAUUUUUAAAAAAUGGGGAGAAUCCUGUUCUUACUGUUAUGUCUUCAGGCCAUGCUUUGCAUGUUUUCAUCAAUGGACAACUAUCAGGAACUGCAUAUGGGGCACUAGAGAACCCGAAGCUGACAUAUAGCGGCAAUGUGAAGCUGAGAUCCGGGAUUAACAAGAUUUCUUUACUAAGCAUCACUGUUGGUCUUCCUAAUGUUGGCCUGCAUUUUGAGACAUGGAAUACUGGGGUUCUGGGCCCAGUCUCAUUGGGCAAUCUGAAUGAAGGAACAAGAGACUUGACAAAGCAAAGGUGGUCUUACAAGGUUGGUCUGAGAGGUGAAGCAUUGAAUCUCCACUCUCUUGGUGGAAGUUCCUCUGUUGAGUGGGUAGAAGGAUCCUCGUUGGCUAAAAAGCAACCAACGACAUGGUACAAGACUACAUUCAGUGCACCAGAAGGAAACGACCCAUUGGCAUUGGAUAUGAAUAGCAUGGGAAAAGGGCAAAUAUGGAUAAAUGGCGAAAGCAUUGGACGUUACUGGCCUGGUUAUAUAGCUCAAGGCAAUUGCAGAAGCUGUAACUAUGCUGGGACUUACACUGAAAGGAAAUGCCAAACUAACUGUGGAGAAGCCUCUCAGAGAUGGUACCAUGUUCCACUCUCGUGGUUGAAACCGAGUGGGAAUCUUCUGGUUGUGUUUGAAGAAUGGGGUGGUGACCCUUCUGGGAUUUCUUUGGGGAGGAGGAGAACUAAAUUUGUCUGUGCCGAUAUUUAUGAAGGGCAACCGACGCUCACAAAUUGGCAUAUGCUAGCCUCUGGAAAAGUCAAUAAGCUGCAGCAAAAAGCCCAUUUGUGGUGUGCACCAGGACAGAAAAUCUCUAAAAUUAAGUUUGCUAGCUAUGGAUUGCCUGGAGGAACUUGUGGAAGCUUUCGGGAGGGAAGCUGCCACGCUCGGAAGUCAUAUGAUGCACUUGAGAGGAAUUGCAUCGGGAAGGAAUUGUGUUCAGUUAGUGUAGCUGCAGAAGUUUUUGGCGGAGACCCAUGUCCGGGUAGCAUCAAGAAGCUAUCGGUUGAAGCUGUCUGCAGCUGAAAUUAAUGAUGCAGCAUCCCAACUCGACCAGAGAUAUGAACUCACAGGAUGGUUCGAAAGUUCAAGUGCACAGUCCAUACCAUCUGGGCUCUGGCCAUCCAUGGAAUCUGAAGGCUUUCUUUGGAAGUACGCUUCAUGUAAAUGCAAAUAAGACCAAAUAACACUCUGCUAUAGCUUUUCCCUUUCCGUUUCUUGAAGGCAAAUUGACAAUACUCGGUGUAAACAUAUUGUUUACUAAAUCAAAAGGUAUUUGCUUA